CAUUAUAGCCACUAACCACGUGACUUCUUAAACUAGAAAAACCAAACAAUCUUUCCCUUCACCCUUUCUACUCUUUCUUUCCAUGUUAUUCAAUAAUUGGAUUGGGAAAAACAAUAUCCCAAUUCAAAACAAUGUAACAAAAUUAUAACUCACUCUUCCACAAGCAUAUAUUACUUAAACCAAAUCCACAUUUGUUUAUUUUUGAUGCAAAAACGAUUUGCCAACAAACUCAUACCAUCCUCUUCUUCUUGUCUUCACCUCAUACCACUAAUUAUUUCUUCGUCUCCACUUCUUCCUACACCAAAAUCCGAAAGCUCUCUCUUAACUACUUGUUCAAAUCAUUCUCUUCUUAAAUUUUUAAAAAACUAAAUGUUGGAAUUAAAGAGCCCUCUAAAGAGCAAGGAAUGGUAUGUUAAAAUGAAGCUCAUGAACAAACACAACAACACAAGACCUCAACAUGACAAAACUUGUUUUUUCUUUACAUAUUACAAAUGGGUUCUUUGGCUUUCUCUAUCUCUCUAUUUCUUCACCUCUUAUCUCAUCACCAACGACCCAAUACCUCAACCAACAUCACAAGACACAUUAACCCAUGUCUCAAAUUAUAAAUCCAACGUUGUUUUUCAUUCCCAUUUCGAAACCACCAACACCACAUCAACCCAUAAUGCUCUAGGGGUGUUGAAAAAUUUGAAGGUGUUUAUAUACGAGCUACCUUCAAGAUACAACAAAGAUUGGCUUUUCAAUGAACGUUGUAAGAGCCAUUUGUUUGCAUCAGAAGUUGCUAUUCAUAGAGCAUUGUUGAAAAGUGAAGUGAGAACGUUUGACCCAAAUGAAGCUGAUUUCUUCUUCGUUCCCGUUUAUGUAUCUUGCAAUUUCAGCACCGUUAAUGGUUUUCCGGCAAUUGGUCACGCGCGGGGUCUUAUUUCCUCCGCGGUGGAACUCGUCUCCACAGAAUAUCCAUUUUGGAAUCGAAGCAGAGGAUCCGAUCAUGUCUUCGUCGCUUCUCACGAUUUCGGCGCGUGUUUUCACACCCUGGAGGAUAAGGCAAUGGGUGAUGGAAUUCUUGGAAUAUUGAAGAAUUCAAUUGUGUUGCAAACGUUUGGUGUUGUGUACAAUCAUCCUUGUCAAGACGUUGAGAAUGUGGUCAUACCCCCUUACAUUUCGCCGGAGAAAGUUUUUAAUACGCUCGAUAAAGCUCCGGUGAACGGACGGCGAGAUAUUUGGGCUUUCUUCCGUGGGAAAAUGGAAGUACAUCCCAAAAACGUCAGUGGACGUUUUUACAGCAAGCGAGUGCGAACAGAAAUAUGGAGAAAAUUCAACGAUGAUAGGAGAUUUUACCUACAACGGCAUAGGUUUUCCGGCUACCAGAAUGAAAUUGCACGCUCCGUGUUUUGUCUAUGUCCGUUAGGGUGGGCCCCAUGGAGUCCAAGGCUCGUUGAAUCUGUUGCUCUUGGAUGUGUCCCCGUUGUAAUUGCAGAUGGCAUUCGAUUACCCUUUUCCUCCACCGUCAACUGGCCGGAAAUAUCACUCACGGUGGCAGAAAAAGAUGUCGGAAAACUCGAUAAAAUUCUAGAGCGCGUGGCUGCUACGAACCUAACUGUCAUUCAGAAGAAUCUGUGGGACCCAAAUACAAGGCGGGCCCUACUUUUCAAUAGUGAAGUCCAAGAAGGAGAUGCCACGUGGCAAGUAUUAUUUAGUCUGAGUCAGAAGCUUGAUAGGUCCUACCGAAGAAACACAGUUAAUAGCGAAUUAAAACAUGACACGUAAUUGGAUAUGAUUGGUUGAGAAGGUUGACAGCGAAUGAAGCUGAGUUUCCUACGUGGGAUGCGCUGUUGCAUUGGAAUUUAGCGUUGGCAAAUAUGGAUGACAGCUGCUAUUUUAUUUGCCUUUUAUUGGCCAGAGAGAAUUCUGAUAAAGUGAUGGUGGGAUCCACCGAGACAUGCACUAGAGUAGAUAUUAUUUUAGAUUUUUUUAUUUGUUUUUUGGUGAGAUGGCAAGCUUUGAUUCAUUCGAGGUGCAAAGAGAUAGAUAAAUAGAUAGAUAUAUUUUUUAUACUCUAGACAGUAGAUAUUUUUUCUGUAAAUAAAUUACUUCAUUCUUGAAAUACUAGUAUAUAUGAAUAGUUUUUUAA